GACAAUUUCGUAAUUGCGUGCUCGGCCUGUUCGAGCAGGCGUUUCCUUUUUUAUUAUUGUCCUACCGUCCACUGUUGUAUUUCUGGCACGGGGCCAUCUUGUUUUCACUUGGAUAGUUGUAACACCAUUCAGAACAUUAUUGUUAACAUUUAUUUCUAAUAAAACGCAUUUUGAUCAACCAGAGUUUAUUCUAAAAUAAAUUUCAUUGUGUCCACGACGAGACAUAAAUUGGCGACCGUGACAGGACCGCAUCAAAAUAUACGGUCUGGAAUUAUAUAUCUACCGAAAUUCAUCAUUGGAAGAAGCAAGUCGACGAUUAUAUCCACCUGGUCAUCAACAAGAACAAUAUAGUUGUCGUGUUGCUGCCUGUAUCUAUUGCUGUUCGACAGCUGAUUAUAUUGCUAUUGCCGUUAUCAUCACAGCCAUCUGCCUGCACCUGGAUAUCGCCUGACGAGGAGCGUGAGCUUACCCAUUUAUUAUAUUUAUAACUUUUUUCUAACAUUUAACAAAUUCAAUUUGCAAUCAGUGAAGGCUUCUUGUAAUUCAUUUGUAAGUUUCCUAUCUUCACGAUAAGUCCUUUACGGAGUUAUCAGAAGUAUUAGGAUAGUAAUAAGGUUAAUAUAUUACGUAGUUUGUUAUUUUAUUAUUAUUUUUUUUACACACUGCUUUGGGUUUAUUAUAUUACACAUAUAUUAAUAAUAGAAAAUUAACUAAAAUAAUAAUCAAUAGCAUUUUCUGUUUUUAUGUAAAUUGCAUGGAGUCUACCUACAUGUAAUUUAUAUAAAUAUAUUUUUGUACAAACAUAUACAUUGUAAAAACUUAAUUUAACCCUUUGUCUCAGGUAUAUAAUUGCGUAGAAUAUUAACUAAAUUUAUUUAACUAAUUUUUAAUAAACAAAAUGACUGAUCCACGAGCUUCAUCUACAAGUAUGUACAAAAAUACUGAUUAUAAAGAUCUAAGUAUUAAACGCAGUUCUAUUAAAGGACAAAUUACUAAAUUUAAGAAUUAUUUAGAUAAGAUUACAAGACAGCCUAAACUGACGAAUAUUGAAAUAACCGAGUUAUCAUUAAAAAUUACUAAAUUUGAAAGCCUCUCAGCUAGAUAUGAUGAAUUGCAAACUCAAAUAGAAUUGGUAAAUAAUGAACAUUUAGAAUCUGAAAUUGAUGAGCGUGAACGCAUUGAGCAUGAGUUCAUAUCAUGUUUAGCUACAGCAAAAAAUGUUGUCGACGAGCAAAAUCAAAUAAAAAGUGUAGAACAUGAUAAGACACGACGCGAAUCUCUUUUUCAAGAAGCUCAAUGCAGUCUCGAUCAUAAUGAGUGUCGUGUUAAAUUACCUCAAAUCAAUAUUGAAAGGUACAACGGAUCGGUUUUUCGUUGGCUUGAGUUCAGAGACACAUAUACUAGCUUAAUUCAUAAUAAUGAGCACAUCCCACCAAUACAAAAAUUUCACUACUUAAUUUCAUAUCUAGAAGGUGAUGCUGCUCGUGUUAUUUCUAAUAUUGAAGUGUCAUCGUCUAACUAUAACAGUGCAUGGCAAUUACUUUAUGAUCGUUAUAACAACAAGCGUCUACUCAUAAAUCACCAUUUAAAAUCUUUAUUUAAUGUCCAACAAGCCACUCGCGAAACUGAAGAUUCUUUGCGCUAUUUAGUUGACCACAUAACCAAAAAUCUACGUGCUCUCUCUAGCUUAGGUCAACCAACAGACCAUUGGGAUACCAUUAUUAUUUUUAUUAUUACAUCUAAGCUUGAUAAUCGUACACUUCUGAAGUGGGAAGAGCAACGUAAUAUUAUAGAUGAAUUACCAAAUUUAGAACAAUUCAAGAAAUUUUUAAUUGAUCGAGCAUUUGUUCUCGAAUCUAUGCGUCGCAAUAGAUCUGACACUAAUAAUUUAUUAUCAGGUAAUUCAUCAACUUAUAAGCAUAAUAAUAAUAAACACGCAAUCAAUACAAAGUCAUUUGCUACUACUAGUCAAAAUAAAGUAUGGCUAUGUAUUAUUUGUAAUCAGAAUCACAAAAUUUAUGACUGUCCAAUUUUUAAGUCUAAAUCCAUUAAAGAUAAGUUAAUUGAAGUUUCUAAAUAUAAAUUAUGUCCUAAUUGUUUACGUCAAUAA